AUGGAGUAUGAGAAGGUGUGGGAGGACAAAAACUCGCGGAAAGCCUAUACUCUACUAAAGCAGUAUAGCGGCAAAAUGAAAAGAUGUUCUCCUGUUCUCAACACUGCCAAUGGAGUAGCUGUCAGUGAAGCAACCCUUCCAAUUUGGAGGGAACACUUCAAGAUCUUGUUGAGCCGGAUAGCACCGUCAGCUCCUGAACUCGAGCACGUUCAUAGACCGACAUAUGCGGUUAACGAGCAGCCACCGACCGAGUCGGAGGUUCUACUCUUAAUUCAAAAAAUGAAGAAUAGAAAAUCUGGUGGAGACGAUGGGAUUAGCGCAGAAAUGCUAAAAUAUCUUCCUUCGUCUGCGAUUCAUGAGAUGACAAAGAUCAUCUGUACGUCCAUCUAA